ACCAUUACACCGCCGAAAAUGAUGAAAAGUUGCAUCAUGGAUAUAGCGGUUACAUCAGCAACAUUCAUAAUAACCGCAUAGUCGAAGAAAGCAAGAAGAAUGCCCUGUCUACAGGUGCUGUCAUUGGCAUUGCGAUUGCAUGCCUAGUGGUCGUUCUUAGUUGCGUCGGACUUUUAUACUGCUGUAUCUUCGGACGCUUCAGAAAGUGUAGAUCCAAAAAUACUCAGAUUCCACUAGACCUGGCACCUGGACAAAAUCACAUACCAACUAUAUCUUCGGGUGAUAUGCAACAAAAUAUGAAAUUUCAGCAACAAAUGCAGUUCAUUCCAGUACCACAAAACGUGAAACGAAACACUUCUCUACCUUCUGGGCCUUCAAAUGUUCACAACUCUUACAAUAUAUGCACCCCAACAGCCCCACCUUUAGAAGACCUAUGAAAGCUGAAUGCUUUAAUUCAAAUGUCAGAUAUAAUAGAAGUUCAAAAAUAUGAUUUUUUCCCUAUGUUCUAGAAAAACAUAUCUUACCACGAAAUGUCUUAAAUAAAGCCGAAAAAACUAGAAGCUCUUGGAGAGAAUUUCAGCUAUACUUGAGCGUUAUGCCUUAUGCCGUACCUCACAUAUUCUGGGAUUAUAUAAAUAAAUGCAUUUUAAAAUAAAUUGUGGAGUACAAAACUUUUAAAUGCUUAUGUUAUCUGUCAAUAAAUGACUGACCUGAAAA